AGUUCUGGCAGGGCCGUGGGCUGCUGGAGGGGUUGGGCUGCGUUGCCUUUGGUGCUGGUGGGACCGGUGCUGCCGGGUUUGGUGGGGCUGUGCAAUGCUGGGGUGGUUGGGCCAGGUUGGGUUUGGCUCAGGUGGGAGUAGCACUGCGGGCUGAAGGCUGUUCAGCUCCGGGGGUGGUUGUGUUGGGUUUGGCUCAGGUGGGACUGGGGCUGUCCUGCACCGGAGGCAGCUGUGUUGAGCUUGGCCAGUUCUGCCGGGACUGGUGGUGCCGGUGCUGCAGGGGGCCAGGGUGGGACUGUUUUUGCAGCCAUUGUCUUGGCGCUCUUUGAAGACUCUCCAGUUUCCUUCAGCGGGGCAGGUGGGGUGGCCCAGGGGGGGCCAAGCCCGGCCCAGAGGGAGGAGGAGGAGGAGGAGGGACUGGCCGCUUUCCCCACUCUGGGUCCUUGAGGUUGAGACAGAGCGAGCGAAGUUCCCUGCAGCACUGACACGUCCCUCCCGCAGCUGCCAGGGCCUGGCCGGUGCCGGUCAGACGCGCUGCCGGGCUCAGGUGCGCCCAUGAGGCCGGCGGGGCGGGGGCGGCUGGGCAGCGCUGGCAGCGGCAGGGCGGCGCAGGGACGCGCUCACCAUGGAGUUCACGGCCAUCGACUACAGCAUCUUCGCGCUGCUGCUGGUGCUGUCCUCGGCCAUCGGGCUGUUCUACGCCCUGAGCGGCGACCGGCAGCGCACGGUGCAGGAGUUCCUGCUAGCCAACCGUGACAUGGGCUGCCUGCCCGUCGCCCUGUCCCUGCUGGCCUCCUUCCAGUCAGCUGUGGCCAUCCUGGGCGUGCCAGCUGAGAUCUUUCGCUUUGGCACCGAGUACUGGUUCCUCGGCUGCUCCUAUUUCCUGGGGCUGCUCAUCCCGGCGCACAUCUUCAUCCCUGUCUUCUACCGUCUGCACAUCACCAGCACCUAUGAGUACCUGGAGCUGCGCUUCAACAAGACAGUGCGGGUCUUCGGCACCAUCACCUUCAUCUUCCAAAUGGUCAUCUACAUGGGGGUGGUGCUCUACGCGCCCGCGCUGGCCCUCAACGCAGUGACAGGCUUUGACCUCUGGAGCGCGGUGCUGACCAUGGGGCUGGUCUGCACACUCUACACCACGCUGGGUGGCCUGAAGGCCGUCAUCUGGACAGAUGUGUUCCAGACGCUGGUGAUGCUGGCGGGGCAGGUUGCCGUCAUCGUGGUGGGCGCAUGGCGGGUGGGGGGCAUGGCCCGUGUCUGGCGCGUGGCUGAGCAGGAGGGCAAGAUCGCCGGCAUUGACCUGGACCCCAGCCCCCUGGAACGUCACACCUUCUGGUCGCUGUCCGUGGGCGGGAUCUUCAUGAUGCUGUCGCUGUACGGGGUGAACCAGGCGCAGGUGCAGCGCUACCUCUGCGCCCGCAGCGAGCGGGAGGCCAAGCUCUCCUGCUACGCCGUGUUCCCCUGCCAGCAGAUUGUGCUCUGCCUCAGCUGCCUCAUUGGCCUCGUCAUGUUCGUCUACAACCUGGAGCACCCACUGGCGCCCAGCCGGCGCCCUGCCUCCUCUGACCAGCUGGUGCUGUUCUUCGUGAUGGACGUGCUGCAGGACCUGCCGGGGCUACCCGGGCUCUUUGUCGCCUGCCUCUUCAGUGGAGCUCUCAGCACCAUCUCCUCCGCCUUCAACUCGCUGGCCACGGUGACCAUGGAGGACCUGGUGCGGCCGCACUUCCCGGGGUUGUCAGAGUCGCGGGCCACGCUGCUCUCCAAGCUGCUGGCUCUCGGUUAUGGGCUGCUGUGCCUGGGGAUGGCAUACGUGUCCUCCAUGCUGGGACCUGUGCUGCAGGCGGCCAUCAGCAUCUUCGGCAUGGUGGGGGGCCCGCUCCUGGGGCUCUUCUGCCUCGGCAUGUUCUUCCCCUGCGCCAACCCCACGGGAGCUGUCGUGGGGCUGCUGGCCGGACUGGCCAUGGCCUUCUGGAUAGGCAUCGGCAGCUUCCUGCAAAGCUGGGGGGCCAAGGGGGUCCCCCCAGUCAACAGCACAACACUCCCCACCGUGGGCAACCUCAGCACUGUCCUGGCUACCACGCUGCUGCCCCCCACACCAGCACCUCCGAGCCCCACGGGGCUGCAGCGCUUCUACAGCCUGUCCUACAUGUGGUACAGUGCCCACAACUCCACCACUGUCAUCCUGGUGGGGGUCCUGGUCAGCCUGCUCACCGGCCCCACGCCGGCAGCGGCCCUGGACCCCCGCACCAUCUCCCCGGUGCUGCCAUGGCUGCUCUGCUGCCUGCCCCCCAAAAUCCGGCGGUGGCUCUGCUGCGGGGGAGGCGACCCUGCCCAGGCCCCCGGCCAUGCGGACACCACGGAGAAGAGCCAUGGGGUGCCCAAUGGCCUGGCCCCCCCUGGCCCCGACUGGCAGGGGGAGGAGGGACACGGGUACGUCCGCAGUGCUGCUGCCCCCAUCUACGCCGUGCAGGAAACCUCCUUCUGACACCCCCACCACGGGGGUCAUGGCCACCCCCCUGCUCGGGGGGUUCAAGCCCUGGUGUGGCAUCCACAGACAGCCGGGGCGAGCCAAAGAACAGGCGGGACACUGGUGGGCUGCCCCUCCAGGGGGCUCUGGGACCACGGUUGGGGGGUGUUGGAGCAGUGCCCCCCUCUCCAGGCUGGGACAUUGUCUGGUACCCCCGGCCCAGCCACGUGCCUUACACACCGCUCCAGGGCUGGAGGCUGCCCGGACCCCUCAGGGUGCCCCCGCGACCCCUGUCACCAGUCUUUGUGUUUGGUGUCCCCCCAAUAAAUGGUUCUGGAGCACA